AUCAGCUCAUACCUCCCUUUCCAGUUGGAAAGAAAGUACGAAAGAAAGAAAGAAAGAAAGCACACACUCACACACGAGAGAAGGGUGAAAAGAAGGCUACAAUCAGCUUACACAAAGACGAGCGCGCGCGCGCGCGUGUGUGUGUGAGUGAGACGCGAAGAAGCAGAACGAACGGUGCAAGAAACCAACAGCAACAACAACAACAACAACAACAAAAACAGCAGAUGGAGUCGGCAGCCUCCGUCGCCGCCGCCGAGCAAGAGCAGCCGCCCCAGGAGCCCCAGGAGCCGCCCCUGGUGCUGCUGCGGCUAGAAAAACCAUGCCUCCCGCAAGCAACGGUAUAUGCCGAGCAGGCGCAGCAGCAGGAGGAGGAGGUGGUGGUGCAGCAGCGGGAGGAGAAGUUGCAGAAUGGCGCUAGCGGGGUGAACGGCGCGAGCGAACAGUCCCCCCCACCAUCGCCACCGCCGGUCGGGGAACGUUCCCACUGCUGCGAGCCAGCCGCGACGCCACCGUCGGGCGGGGACGGGCAGGAGCAGGGCGGGCUCAUAACGGCACUUGCCCCUGCAGCCGCUGCAGCGCUGGGGCCGACCGGGCCUGCGCCCGACCAGCCGGCGGAGAACCACAACACUCUCGGCACGAACGUCGUCGGUGCGUCAACGGCUCCGUGCAGCGGUGCGCAACAGAUCGUGUACGUACGCGGUGCGCAAACGUGCGCUCCAGAGGCAACGCCGCUCGGCCACUGCGACAACGUGGUGCGCAUACAGAUUGUCCCGGCAGACGAGCAGGAGGAGCCGGCGCAGGACGAUUCGCUAGUGAAGGACGAAGAAGAAAAGUGUGUGAAGUGUGAGGGCGAGGAAGGGCAGGAGGACUGCAACAACAACAACAGCAGCAGCAGCAAGUGUCCGGCGCAGAGUGUAACGGUCGUGUCGGUCGUGCCGGACUCACAGCCACCACCACCCCGGCCAUCCUCUUCCUCCUCCUCCUCCUCCUCCUCCUCCUCCUCCUCCUCCACCACCUCCUCCUCCUCCACCGUGCUGGUGACGGUCACGUUCGAGGAUCGGACGCUGGUGCGCGUCGCAUCGCCCGACCCGCCGGAACCACCGACCAGCACCGCCGCGAUGGUGCAGAAGAAGCGGCACGAGCCGGCCGACCUGGACGGUGCCCCGUACGUCUACUACAUGGCGGCCCGGUCGGCCGGCGGCUCGACCGGCGGCUCGAGCGGCGGCUCGAGCGGCCAGUGCUCGCCGAGCGAUAUGCUCGACAGUGGCACCUGCAGCGAUAUCGAGCUGACGCCGCCGCCGCUGCCGAAAAAGAUGUCGCAACGGUUGCGCGCGUCGUCCGGCGCGAUAAAGAAAAGCCUCGCGGACGGGGGCGAUAUGGUGCGGCCGGCAGUGACACCACCGCCGCCGGUAUCGGCACCACCGACGCCACCGCUCGCAGCAGCAGCAGCACCGCCACCACCGGUAUCGGGGGUUGAUAACGACGACGACGACAACGGGCCGGAUAGCGUUAUCAGCGUGGCGCACCAACACGAGCAGCGGCUCCAGCACCAGCAGCAGGAGACGGCCCGCAACAGACAGAACGCGGAGCAGACGGUCGACGGUUACGACACGGGGCGGACGGCCCAGCACCAGCACGCAGCAAGUCUCAUCUCGGCGACCGAUAGUGACGGGUCGGAAUCGUGCCUGAGCUGCGAUUCGCUCAACUUCGAGCAGCUCCAGUCGAGCCUGGUGGUGGUGGCGGCGGCAGAGGCGGAGGAAGAGGAGGAAGGACAGCAGCUAGCGGUGCUAGCGAAGCGGACCGGUGGCGGUCCGGCCCUGCCCGACUCGCUGCUCGCCGCAAUACGGGGCAGCCGGCCCAAGGUGUACUGCACCGACGACGACGACGACGACGCCGCCGCGGACGCAGACGACGAACCCGACGAGGACGAGGAGCGGAAGGUGGCCCGCCUGCCACCGCCGCCGGUGACCCAUCAUGGUGGGCAGCGGUCCGGGGGGCCGCUCGAUCUGAACAGCUUCGCGUCGGCGGCAGCGGCGGCGGCGGCCGUCGCCGCCAGCAGCACCACCACCACCCGCACGCUACUGAUGGACAAAAUCAACAGCCUCGAGGCGGGCCGGGCGGUGCGCCACGAUCAACCCGAUCAACAGCCGUCCAGCAACCUGCCGUUGCUGCACCACCACCACCACCACCACCCAAUCAAUGAGCGGGCGCCGAGCAGCUGCUCGGCCAGCUCGCACACCGCCGAGAGCGUCCGCAGCAAUCAGUUCGAGAGCGACCGGUACUACAAGUUUCAUCUGAACGAGCGGGCGGCGGGCGAGCAGCAGGGCGCGACCCGGCCCGGCUCGCCGGACACCCGGCCCGGACCGUCGGCCGGGGCGGCCACCGCCGCCGCCGACGACGACGACGAGAGCUUCGCCGGGCUGCGCGACCUCAGCAACGGCACGUCGACGAUCCGCAGCAACAAGGGCACGGUGCGGGGCGUCAAGAACCGGGUCCGCAACGGGAUCGCCACCUUUCUCCAGAUGCAGCAGACCGGCAUGAAGAACUACAAGGACAAGGAGGCGGGCAAGGUGGUCGUGUACAGCACCAGCAUGGGCAUCGUGCGGGAAACGUACACCAAGUGCGCGAACGUGAAGCAGAUCCUGCGCACGCUGCUGGUCAAGUUCGAGGAGCGGGACAUCUUCAUGAGCAGCGAGUACCAGCAGGAGAUCCGGGAGCGGAUGCAGUCGGACACGAUCAACAUACCGCAGGUGUUUGUGGACGGUCAGCACAUCGGGGACGCCGAAUGUAUCGAGCGGCUGAACGAGAGCGGCGAGCUGCGCAAAAUGCUGAAACCGUACAAGUGUCUGGAGUCGCCGUACAUGUGCAAGGUGUGCGGCGGGUACCGGUUGCUGCCGUGCCCGUCCUGCGGCGGCUCGAAGAAGUCGAUCCACCGGAACCACUUCACCGCCGAAUUCGUCGCCCUCAAGUGCAUGAACUGUGACGAGGUCGGGCUGGUCAAGUGUCACAACUGCUGAGCGGGGGUUUUUUUUUGGGAGGGGGUGUUACAAUUUUAUCAGUACCACAUUACACACACACACAGAGGGAGCCUCCGAGCGUUUUUUCCCCCGAGAGGGCGCUAUCGCUCCCCAAAGCACUUUAUAAGCAGGCCGACGAAGGAGCUGAGCAGGGUAAACGGAGGACAGUGGCAGAGUCAGAGUAUGAUAGUAGCUAAGGAGAAGCUUCAUGUUUUAGGUGCGCGCGCGUGUGUGUGUGUGUAUGAGUGGGUUUAUUAUUGAUAGACACGCAUGACCACGUCGGGCUGGAAGGAGCCGAACAACAGGAAAAAUGGACACGGUCCCCCUUAUUUCGUUACUUAGUAGUUUGUCGUCUGUAGCAUGUAGCGGGUUUUGUUCGUUAAGUGAUUAGUGUGUCCCUGGUGUACUUCCUUCUUUUCUUUUCUCCUACACACACACACACACACACAGACACAUGCACAAACAUACAUAUUAUUAAAAGAAUAUUUUGUGCGCUCAAAAAAGCGACAUUCAGUUAGCUUUCUGUCAUCCUCCCGCAGUCAGCACGUUGUAGGCACACUAUUUAAACAAAUAUAACUUUUUAUUAUUAUUUUACGCAAACACACACACAUACAUACACAUGUUAGUAAGGUUCCCAUUCAUCCUCAAAUAGCAGGUUUAGUUCUGUGUUUUUUUUUUUGCUAUCUUUUCUGUAUAUCUAUUUAACACACACAAACAAAACGGGAAGGGGCCUGCAAGCGUUUAUUGUACAUAGUGAUAAUCCGUACUGCUACUACUAGCAUCACUAGCUGUGUUUUUUUUUUUUUUUUUUUUGCUCAAACGUAAUGUAAUACGACUUAUCGACUUUCAUACUAGACCGCAUUAUCUUAAUCAUUAUCUUAAUACUCCUUCCCCCCCCCCCUUUUUUUGUUGGCCGUAAAAACAAGGGUUGCUGCGCUGCCCACUGUCCCGGAAGCCAGUCGUGGCCAGACAUUUUGUGUGACGUGGAGGAACUAGAUAGGGUGUGAUAGAUAGAGAAAGAGAGAGAGAGAGAGAGAGAGAGAGAGAGAGAGAGAGAUAG